AUGCUGACUUUCCUCGCCAUCUUGCUGGUACUGUGGGCGCUGCCGCCCGGGAACGAUGGUAAUGCCGACCCGGCUCGUCAGUUUUUCAAACUGUUCCAGAAGUGCGAUGAGUUGAAGAAUUUCUUGCCGAAGAACACUGCAAAAGCUGAAAUUCGGUUUCCUGUCGCCGAUUAUACAACAGCUCUGGUUUCUUAUACGAUUUACAGAAGGCUUCUUGACUUGCGCGAAAACGAAACUGGAAACGAAACGUAAGUGGAGAACGCACUUUCUAGGCGACAAGUUUUUUACUAAAAAAAAUUUUUCCGCGUGAGGACUUGCUGAUUUUUAAAAUUUUUCUCGUUGUGAAUGCAUCGUGCAUAACAUUCCUUUGGGAGGUGCCUUAAGAGAGACACUGAUAUGCUUUCCACGUUUACAGGCCACUGCCCGCAGUAAUUCGUGCAACUUGGAGCCAUGAUAUCAAACGGUUCGGAACCUACACGCCGUCUGGCCAAGGGUAAGUUGACAAAAGACAUCACUCUUUUUUCAGCAUUGUAUUCAAAUGGAAUGACGCUGAUGACGUGAUACACUUAGGAAACGUCAUUCCCGAGUAUGAAUUGGCGACCGAAGAUUACGUCUACGCCGUGCUUUCAACAGAGGAUGGAGUUAAAAAAUUUGCUCGUUGGAAAGUCGAUUUGAGCGGCGAACUUGAAAUUCUCGGCGACGCCAGCCCUUAUAGUCGUUGCAUCUUUUUUCAAUACGCGUCGGGACCCACGUACUAUUUGACGGGCAAUAAAUGCCUUCAAAUCGAUGAUCUCAAGCAGUUGGUGAGUCGGAGAAAAAAAUUAUUUUUUUGAGGGAAACACUUGACUCAGUUAGGAACACUUGACUUAAUGGGUCAUGUCUUUCACCUAAUAUUAGCAUUUUCCCUGUGCCUGGACAUGUUUACUUUUUAUUGCCUAAAAAAGUACAAACCGUUCAAGAUAUCUUUGGUUUUCAGUCUGAAGGUUACCAAAGCUUCCGCGAAUGCAACACCUCCCAAGGAAUGUUCGCUUUCUCCGAUCUGAACGAAUGGUACAGUAUGGUAGGCCUUGUACAACUUUUAACGCACUGAUUUAUCAAUUUAUUUUUUAUAAAGUUUACAAUUUCCUCUCGUUUUCAGAGUGCGUUCGCAUGGCUAACAAGAGAGUGCGAUGGCCAGAUUUGGAGCAAUUAUGACAACCACGAUUCGGCCAAGGUUCAAUUCAUCCCGGGUAAUCCACCGGUAAGAAAAGGGAAGGGGUUCGAGAGGAAACUGGUGUUUUUCAGGCGGUUCGAGGAAACGAAACAGUGCCCACGACUAGGUGAGAAGAAAAGUCUUGACAUGUGUUUGCAUUGUGGGGUCGUGGCGUUUCGCGAUAAACAGUCAGCACGGCGCGACGGAAGGGAGCACUAUGCUAUUUUACGCGAAGCUGCAACUCACGGCAGCGCAAAAUAAACGAAAAAUUCUUCCCGCCCACUUUUAGACUUUCGUGCGAACGAAGUGUCACGAUUGGUAAAAGAAAUAAAGUGACACCCCAGGCCCAUUUUUCAGACUCGGUCGAACCUAAAGGCGGACAGACAAGAAUUCCGAAAUACUUACCCCAACGACUGCCCUGAAUGAGAUAUGGCGUCGCCGAGGUAGUUCUCGGAAUGAAGAUGCCUCUCUUAGGCCGGGAAGUUGAUGAGAAAGCCAAAUCCAGCAAAGGGGAAGACUUACCAUUGGGACAAGUUUGACUCAACAAAUGAAUAAAUGAAAAUGUAUAGAUGAAAACUUCGAGGUCAGAGUGGAUUUACCUCCUUUCCCUCUGAUUCUUAGGAUCAGACACCCACAAAGUACUAUGCACGCACGUCAAGACUUUUAGGGCGCAUGCUAGUAGCACAACAACAGAAGGGAUAACGGCAUAAGUCAAGCCGCAAGUCACCAUAAAACAAGACUCUUAGGCCACAUUCUAGUAGCACAGCAACAGAAGUGACAACGGCGUAAGUCGAGUUUCGUCCAAACGAAGUGUCAAAAUUGAUAAAAGAAAUAGAGUGACACCCCCGACCUAUUUUUAACCUCCCCCCUCGCCAGAAUUUUUGUAAAUAGUUAGCCCUUGCCCCCACAAAGUACUAUGCACACAUGUCAAGACUUUUAGGCCACAUUCUAGCAGCACAACAACAACAGAAGUGACAACGGCGUAAGUCGAGCGGCAAGUCGCCAUAAAACUCAUCUUUAAGCCGUCCUCCAUGCCCUAACCUCACCACCCUCUAUUUGAUUGCGUUUUCGGGUUUGGCCAUAUCGCUUAUAUCGAUCAGUAUUGCCAACGGUAUGUUCUGGAUCCACAUGCGGAGAAAACUGCGGGUAAGCGCCGUGUUUUUCGAGGAGCACCUUAUUUCUUAAAAGAGAGUUUUUUACAACUCGAAGGAUGGCCCGGACAUUUCGAAAAAAUGACCAACUCAGAAUCUUUUGAUAAUUUGUAUAGUUGUUGUACUAUACUCCGCGCAUUUAAUUUGGAUCAACCUGGAUCUCAAAAACUAAGCAAGGCCUGGACUUGAUUAUUUUUGUAUAAUAAUCUAUUGUCAUAAAGAACAUGUUUGAGCAACAAACAAUCACAUUUCAGGUAAGUGUAAAAUUUUAAAUUGCAAUUUAAGAUUUCGGGUGCGCAGAAAAUUUGGAUCAGCCUUGCAAAAAAUUAUUUUGCUCGCUGAGGUGGUCGAUUUUAUUGUUGUAAAUGGCGAAUACGGAUACUACGGAGAAAUAAUAUUCUGAGGGUAUCAAUUUUGUGCAAUAUUUCUUAUGACAUGGCCCAUUUAGGGAGAUACCAAGGAAUACGGUAAGAAAACUCAAACAAAGCCCAAAAACUGAUAAUUGUAACUCCUCAAAUUGCUUGAAAAGUGUACUAAUAUUUACUUGUAGGCCAUGCAAAGUAUUUUAGCAAGGCAUCCAGUGGAGUUCACGGCAUCUACGACUUCUACGAGACAUAAAUCAUAAUUUUUCUGAAAAAAGUUUCUAACGGAAAGUUUACGGUACUUUUUAAAAAUUUUCUGAUGGGUUGUUCGAUGCGCCGGCAAAAAGACAACAACAUUACUGAAAUUUCUACGUAAAAAGAUUUGUCAAUUUUUACCAUUUGAAGUCGCCUGACGGAGCGGGGAUCAAAAACUACACCGUGCAUCACACGCGUUCGGUUGGAAAUUCCCUCCCUGAACUAAAACCACCGUUGUAUUUGCUUUUAAAGCAGUCUACAAGGUGCAUAUUUAAUAAGCAAACAAAAGAUGAAAUUCUCGGAUGCACUGUAGCUUCUCAACGAGUCUUCCAUAUUUUGAAUUUUCGCGGAUUCAAAAUAUUGCUAAAGUUUUGUGCCCUACGGAAUUGAUACCAACGAAUCGUAUGAACUAAUUAAAUCAAAAGCUGACACAUCAUGUCCUGUAUAUGCUAAACCCUCAAAACAGGCACUAGAAAAUUUUUAAAAAGUACCAUAAACUUUCCGUCAGAAACUUUUUUCAGAAAAAUUAUGAUUUAUGUCUCGUAGAAGUCGUAGAUGCCGUGAACUCCACUGGAUGCCUUGCUAAAAUACUUUGCAUGGCCUACAAGUAAAUAUUAGUACACUUUUCAAGCAAUUUGAGGAGUUACAAUUAUCAGUUUUUGGGCUUUGUUUGAGUUUUCUUACCGUAUUCCUUGGUAUCUCCCUAAAUGGGCCAUGUCAUAAGAAAUAUUGCACAAAAUUGAUACCCUCAGAAUAUUAUUUCUCCGUAGUAUCCGUAUUCGCCAUUUACAACAAUAAAAUCGACCACCUCAGCGAGCAAAAUAAUUUUUUGCAAGGCUGAUCCAAAUUUUCUGCGCACCCGAAAUCUUAAAUUGCAAUUUAAAAUUUUACACUUACCUGAAAUGUGAUUGUUUGUUGCUCAAACAUGUUCUUUAUGACAAUAGAUUAUUAUACAAAAAUAAUCAAGUCCAGGCCUUGCUUAGUUUUUGAGAUCCAGGUUGAUCCAAAUUAAAUGCGCGGAGUAUAUGAUAGCUGAACGUCAGCGUGAAUUUUUAGUUUUGAAAAUUACCGUAUACGGGGGUUACGGUAGGUACAAUUUUCAGAAACAUUGGGUCCGUAUGUAAAAGCACCAAGGAGUAAAAGCACAAAACCCCGCUAUUUUACGUUUUCGACCAUGGGGAACAUUUUCAUAAUUGACACCUUUGUCGUAGGAUGUAGCCUUCGACUAAUUUGAAAAAUACCAAGGUACCAUAUUCAAUGUAACUUUUUUGCAGAGAACUUGUCUCAACUUUUGAAACGUCUUACAAAUAGUUUGACAUGUGUGUAACAACAUAUCAAAAAUGCGCGAAAAUAAAAGGGUUGGUUUUGGGGUUACGGUACUUUGAUUGUGGCCCGAACGGUAUAUCAAAAUAUAAUUUUUUUCAAAAUCGGUGUGGAAGAGUUGCAAAUCAUGCCAAAAUACGUUUCGGACCAUGGAGAACAUUUUUGUAAUUAACACUUUUUCUGUAGGAUGUCAUCUUCGACUACUUGAAAAAUGACCAAGAUACCAUGUUCAGUAUAACUUUUCGGCAUUUUACUUGUCUCAACUUUUGAAACCUUUCAAAGACACCUUGACAUAUGUGUAACAACAUAUCAAAAAUGCACAAAAAUAAAAGGGGUUGUUUUGGAGUUAUGGUAAUUUGAAUGUGGCCGGUACCGUACAUCAACAUUUCUUUUUUUCUAAAUUUGACGUAGAAAACCCGCAAACCUUGCCAAAAUACGUUUCGGACCAUGGAGAACAUUUUUGUAAUUAACACUUUUUCUGUAGGAUGUCAUCUUCGACUACUUGAAAAAUGACCAAGAUACCAUGUUCAGUAUAACUUUUCGGCAUUUUACUUGUCUCAACUUUUGAAACCUUUCAAAGACACCUUGACAUAUGUGUAACAACAUACCAAAAACUUAGGAAAAUAAAAGGGGUGGUUUUGGAGUUAUGGCACUUUGAAUGUUGGACAUACAGUACACCUAGAUUUAUUCUCUGCUAAACUUUACGCAGAUUAUUUUAAAAACAAGAUGUAACGUUUUAUGUAUGUUGCACAACCCUCAGAAACUAUUUUCACUGGGAAAUUCAGAAAAUUUAGGCCUAAGCAUACUGUAACAUAUCGUGCGCCGACAAUUGGUUACUGUAACAGCAAAAUCAGCGAUUUCUUAAAUUUUUUGCAACGAUUACCAUGUUUAGACUCGUGUAUGCCAUACGACGGUGGAAUCUUCCAAAUUCGGAUGUCAGCAUCACAACAAAAGUUUGGUGUACUGUAUGAUCAAGAUUAAAAGUACCAUAACUCCAAAACCACCCCUUUUAUUUUUCUAAAUUUUUGAUAUGUUGUUACACAUAUGUCAAGGUGUCUUUGAAAGGUUUCAAAAGUUGAGACAAGUAAAAUGCCGAAAAGUUAUACUGAACAUGGUAUCUUGGUCAUUUUUCAAGUAGUCGAAGAUGACAUCCUACAGAAAAAGUGUUAAUUACAAAAAUGUUCUCCAUGGUCCGAAACGUAUUUUGGCAUGAUUCUCUUCCACACCGAUUUUGAAAAAAAUUAUAUUUUGAUAUACCGUUCGGGCCACAAUCAAAGUACCGUAACCCCAAAACCACCCCUUUUAUUUUCGCGCAUUUUUGAUAUGUUGUUACACACAUGUCAAAGUAUUUGUAAGACGUUUCAAAAGUUGAGACAAGUUCUCUGCAAAAAAGUUACAUUGAAUAUGGUACCUUGGUAUUUUUUUAAAUUAGUCGAAGGCUACAUCCUACGACAAAGGUGUCAACUAUGAAAAUGUUCCCCAUGGUCGAAAACGUAAAAUAGCGGGGUUUUGUGCUUUUACUCCUUGGGGUUUUUACAUACGGACCCAAUGUUUCUGAAAAUUGUACCUACCGUAACCCCCGUAUACGGUAAUUUUCAAAACUAAAAAUUCACGCUGACGUUCAGCUAUCACAGUACAACAACUAUGCAAAUUAUCAAAAGAUUGUCAGUUGGUCGUUUUUUCGAAAUGUCCGGGCCUUGUUAUGAGAAGCUUCUAUCUGUAAAAAACUCUCUUUUAAAAAAAAUAAGGCAAAAAAAUUCGAAAAAUUAAAAAAAAAACAAUUCUUUUAGAAAGCAAAAUUGCAAGCAGCGCAUUCUGAGUCUUUGCAUGAUAGCAACAGCAACACUAACACUCGGAAAGCAACGGCGACUUCGACAACCACUGUGGCAGACUCCUCAACAACAAAAAUCUCACGGAUGUCAACGAUGGCACCGCUCACUGUUGGCGGAUUGCCCAAGGCAAGGAAGACCAAAUAUCGUUUUAUUUUUUAUAGGACGCCGUGACAAACCUUUUGUUGAGCCCAGAAAUUGAGAAGAUUUUCGACCAGAAUGAGGUGGAAGGCGUCGAGGCAGAGCUCCCCCAUAAACGUCUGGAAAGACAGCCGGAACCUCAGGAGGGAUUCUUUUGUACCGUCGGAAAGAUUGGGGUCACCAUCCCGGCCAAGACAUUCGACAAAACUUUUGGGGAAUUCGAAAUGGAAAUGGGCGGAGAGUUGUGCACGGUGCAGUUUGAAGAUGUGAAAUCUGAGUUGAAUAGGAUUGAGGUAAGUGGGGAAAAUAGAGAAAAUAACUUAUUGGGACAUAAUAAUAAUGGUAUUCCAGGCGAUGGCAGCGGUAAUGAGACAAGCCAAAAAGUGUCAGGUGAAUGGAACCAUCCCCGAAUUCAUCGUCACGGCCCAAUUGGACGCCUUUAAUUUCCGGCUGAUGGUAGCGAAAAAAGUAAGUUGUAAUCUUAAAAAACGAACUGUUUUUUGACCGUUGGAUAUGAAAAAGCCAGCAGAAACGAUUUUUGUGCCCUGUGAAAGCUGGAGGGUGUAGAGUGCUUGAGUCUUCCCUCUAAGGUGGCACACUCGCCGAUCUUGACCGAGGGAGCAAACACGUGGACCAAGUACAACAUAAAAAUUUCGUGAAACUCGAUUUUUCUGAUUCGAAAUUGAAAUCAGAACAAAGCCUACUCUACCCAGAGCUAUAAUUAGGUUUGAAAACAGGUCAACACAAUAAGAAAUAAAACUUACAUUAUCCAUGGCACAACAAGAAUAACAAUACUCCAUAGUUUAGUGGGUUAUCGGAUGAGAAAACUGGCAGUUUAGACAUCAAAUCGUACGGGGGAGCGGGAUCUUGAUGAGAACUGUUUUUUUGGAAAAAUCCAAGUUGUCUUCAUGGUGAAAAGCCUUCUUGAACGCGGGGAAAACAAAAAAAAUCUUCGUAGUGAGGAAGUCCUGUGUCAACUGUUCCCCUGGUGAGGAAUAAUAGAGAAUGAAGGCGUCUGCUCGCAAACUCGUUCUGAGUCUCGAAGCGAGAAUUGGGUUUGCGGAUAAAAAUAAAACGCAAUGCCAGUUAAUUUGUUCUUCAUCUAAAAGAAUGUUAUUUUUCAGCUUGGUCCGUCCAUCGAGAAACAAGUCCUCAGCGGUAACCUAAGCACUGAAGAGAGGUUGAAACUGGUCUCCCUGACCUUCAGUUGCAUGGAGGACCUUCUCUUUUGCAAUAUUAUCCAUCGAGACAUCAAACCUUCAAGUUUUCACUAUGACUUUGUUGGCUCAAAACUCCUCGUUUCCAACCUUGGACUAGCCAGAAUCACUCCAAAGUCCCCUCGUCUCAAGGUGCCUUUCUUCGGGAACCUCACUUUUUGCAGUCCAUCCACCCAUUUGAAGCUGGAGAGGACCCAUUUUGAUGACAUGGUCAGCUACUUUUAUGUGGUUUUGUGGAUUUUCAACAAGGAUUUGCUGAUUUGGAGUAGCGAAAAUGAUGUAAGGAGCUUUUUCACUCGUUAUAGGCCUCAUUCUUUUAUUACAUUAGCUUGUUUUAUCCUUAUUUUUCAGAAAACCGUCGUUUAUCAGCUCAAAUCUGACCUAAUGGAGGGGAAGGUGCUCGAAGAACGUAUGGAAAAGUUCAUCAAGGACCAGAAGAUCAAAGAUUUUAUGAACCAAGUCUUCCGUAUGAUCCUCAAACUGCCCCCAAAGCGACCAUCUUAUCGGAAAAUCAAGGACCUCAUCGAAAAGAACUGUUCGUAG